CCGCCCUCCUACUUACGCGCCAGCUGGGCUGGGGAGGUGCCUGGCCGGGUGCCGACUCUGCCGGACUCCCUACCCCGCUAGGAUCUGACAGCCGCUUCGGCCAGACGUCUUGUCCCCGCCACUCCGACCCGGUCUCUCCUCGCUUCUGGGCAGCGCCGCCUACAACUGGGGUUCACUGUCAUGGACGCUCUAUCAGAAGCAACUGGCAUCUUUGCAUUAAACCUUUUGAAAAAGCUAGGGGAAAACAACUCAAACAACAUAUUUUUUUCACCCAUGAGCAUGUCGUCAGCCUUGGCCAUGGUGUUCAUGGGAGCGAAGGGAAACACUGCAGCCCAGAUGUCUCAGGCACUUUCUUUUAGUAAAAUUGGAGGUGAAGAUGGAGAUAUUCACGAAGGUUUUCAGUCACUUCUCACUGAAAUUAAUAGAACUGGCACUCACUACUUGCUUAGAACUGCUAACCAGCUCUUUGGAGAAAAGUCUUAUGACUUCCUCUCGUGUUUUACAGAUUCUUGCAGCAAAUUCUACCAAGCAAAAAUAGAAAACCUUGACUUUGUUAAUGAUGCAGAGACUUGCAGAAGACACAUAAAUGCCUGGGUUGCUGAUAAGACUGAAGGUAAAAUUACAGAGGUGCUGCCUCGAGGUUCAGUUGAUUCAUUGACUAAGCUGAUUCUCGUGAAUGCCAUCUACUUCAAAGGAAACUGGGAUCAUUCAUUUGAGAAAUACAAAACUAGGGAAAUGCCUUUUAAAAUCAGCAAGAAGAAAGGAAAACCUGUGCAAAUGAUGUCUCAAAAAUCUACUUUUAAAAUUACCUAUGCAAAAGAAAUAUUCACUGAAAUUCUGGUCCUUCCCUACGUUGGAAAGGAGCUGAAUAUGAUCAUCAUGCUUCCAGAUGAAAACACUGAUUUGGAAACGGUGGAAAAAGAACUUUCUUAUGAGAGAUUGAUAGAAUGGACAAAGCCAGACAACAUGCAUGAACGAGAGAUGGAAGUUUUCCUUCCUAGAUUUAAACUAGAGGAAACUUACAACAUGGAGGACGUCCUUCGCAGUAUGGGCGUGGUCGAUGCCUUUGAACAGGACAGGGCAGACUUGAAGGAUCUGUACUUGUCCAAGGUCAUGCACAAGUCCUUUGUGGAGGUCCGUGAGGAAGGUACAGAAGCAGCAGCAGCUACUACACCAAAAAGGGUUUUAUGUUGUGCCAGUUACUCCCUCAGGUUCUGUGCAGACCAUCCCUUCCUUUUCUUCAUCCAGCACAGCAAAACCAAUGGUAUUAUCUUCUGUCGCCGGUUUUCUUCUCCAUAAGGAAAUAGUAGUCAUUGAAUGUAGUCCUCUUUUCUCCAACUGACUUACUUUUUCUCUACACUUCAUAGUGUGCCUGCAAACCCAAAAUGACUUUAUUAUUGCAGUGGUCAAAAAUGAGAUAUUAGGAGCCUAAUUUGAAAUUCCUUGUUCAGAACCCUUCUGUGUAUUUUUGUAGGUUAAAUGUUUUCUAAAGUUGGAAGUUGACAUUCUCCAAGGAUCCUGUGGUCACUUUGGCAGUGAUACCUCUAACCAUUCAGCCAAACCACUCUGCUUGGAACGAGCUGUCUCCCUCUCCUUUGUUGCUACUUUUCUUUCUUCUCUGCUGAAUAGUAUUGACAUAUAGACCCAUUUUUAAUGAGAGAAUAGAGAGUGAAAUGGAGAAUGGGUAGAAGAUGUGGGCAGGAGGUCUCAGAAAUCCAUACGAGCAACCUCUAUUCUAGAACUUUACCAGCAAUUCCAAGGCCAGCACAGAGGAUGAGAGAGCAGUUAACCCAGACCAGUGAGAAAUCAGUCCAACUUCUUGUAUGUUUCUGCCUUACUUGUAGUUUGCAUUCAUAGGGAUCAGUAGGUCACAAACCUGUUCAAACAUGUAACUAUUCACUUUCUCUGAAAAUUUACAAUUGUUAUCAGGAGGCAGAGAUGAGUAGAUAAUGUUCCAUUCACAGUUUAAGACAGCUUCAUGGGUAUACAGAACAUGUCUUUCUAUUUUAUUUCAAGUAUUUUUGGAAAGGCACCUCAGGUUUCUGUAACCAUUUGUAUUACAGGCUUGAAAUGAAAUUGCAGUGUUCAGUGUGAAGAGAACACACUGAUUAGUUAGAUUGAAGAGGGAGAUUGGUACUGUUUUCUAGGGGACAGCAAAAAGGACUUAUUCCAUCAACACCCUUGCAGUCAGAAGAACCCUGGGCAGCCCCUUAUUUCACUGACACCACUUAUAUUUGCAUUCCACAGCUAGUUCACUUUUCCCUUUUGACCCAAGUUGGCGAAUUAGCCGCAGGGAGGGAAUAGGACUGAGGAGUACAAGGAAACAUCCACGUUGUGUGCGGGCUGAGAGAGGAAAGAGGGAGUAUCAGAGGUUGCCGGGUGUAUCAUUCUCAUUCUGCUGCCUCCUCUACCCAACACUUGCACUUGGAAAGAAUAAUCCUAGGUGGGGAAUAACCAGUUAAUGUGAUUCUUUCACUGCGGAAAGAGCUUCUGAGUGUUACAGCCAGGAGCAAUAGGCUGGCGCCCCGUUCGUUAUGGAAAGGCAUGCCUUCUUGCACAGCCUUGCAAGGAGUCCAGUUAAGUGGGUUAGUAGUUGGGAGCUGGAAGUGUAAAUAGAGUAGCUGCCUACCAUC